AUGGAUGAUUUAAUUGAUGAUGAUUUCGGUGAUUUAUACGCAGAUGUUGAAAUUCAAGCGAGUUCAGUUUUCAAUUCAUUACCAAACUUCAGUAAUUUAUGUACAGAAUCAGAACCACAACAAGGAAACGAAGACAGUAAUCAUAACAAAGUUAAUCAAAGCGAAAAAGAAGAGAAAUUGGUGUCGGAGUCGAAGGAAUUAAAUGGAGAGAAAUUGAGGGUUUGGGAGGAAGUGGACGAUGGGAGUGAUAGUGAAGAUGAUUUGAAUAUUGUUUUGAAUGAUGUGGGUUGUAAAGGGUUGGAAGUUGGUAAAGAAAAGAAAGGUCAUGGUAAUGGUGGUGGCGGUGGCGGUUUUGGGACGGACGAAGGGGAGGAGGGUUGUGGUGGUGGUUUUGUUGGUGUUAAAAAUGAAGUGGAAUGUAGUGUUAAUGGGGAGGGAGCAAAGGGUGAUGAUGAUUUGCAGCAUUUGCAAUAUAAGUAUGAUCUUGUUUUGGGGGUUUUGAUUAAUUACUUUGUUUUGGAAUGUAGUGUUAAUGGGGAGGGAGCAAAGGGUGAUGAUGAUUUGCAGCAUUUGCAAUAUAAGAAUGUAAGACCUUAUGGAUCAUCAUUUCCAAGCAAUAAAAAAGGCAAUGAAUCUGCUGUUGUGGCAUCUCGUUCUUCCAGCUCUGCUAGAUAUAAUUGGGAAGAUAACAGGUGCAAGCAGCACAAGGUAAAUUCAGGUCAGGUUGCUAAUUUUCAUGCUACAACCAAUUCAGUACUAUCUCAUGGUGGAUAUGGUUUCUCACUUCCAUGGCCUAGGAGCAUACUAGAUGUAAAUAUUGAUGCAUUUGAAGAGAAGCGGUGGAGGUAUCCUGGAGUUGAUAUAUCCGAUUUCUUCAACUUUGGUUUUGAUGAGGAUAGCUGGAAACAGUACUGCAUGUCAUUGGAGCAGUCUCGGCAACAGUCUUACAUGCAUGGCAUGAUGUCCAUUCUUCAUUCUUCAAAACCUACCCAAGCUAGUGAAUCAAGGCCUGAGCAGAAUAGUGUAGCUAUGGCUGACAGUAUGACUCAAGUUGAUUGUUCAUCAGAAUAUGCUGAUAGGGGAGAGAAGCAGCUGGGACUGCCAAAAGGCAGAGCAAUUCAGGUUGAAAACAGCAUUGGUGAACGUCAACCAACCAUGGAUUUAAGGCGUCCGCGUGCUUGGGAUUCUGAUGUUGUGAUACAGGAUUCCGAUGACAAUUCCUCUCGCUCUGGUGUGGAGCAAUCAAGCCAUAUAGAUAGCGUUGUACCCAAAGCAUCAAAAAGCAGGGAUAUAAACAUGGAUGAUAAAAGUGAUGCCCAUUCUUCUGGUAGUGCCAGUAGAGAUGAACCCUCUGCAGAGUCUCUGGAGGGAAAUCUCAGCGGUCAAGAUCUACCCGUUGAAGGGGCACUUUAUUCAAUGUCAGUGUCGAAUAAAAUGUAUCCGGAUCCUGAUAACAAUGAAGCCAACCUGAUUUCUAAUGUGGAUGGGUAUCAUCAUCGAAAGGUAAAUGCCCAUUCUUCAGAAGGCAUUACCGAAGAAAUGGAAACUGUAGACAAGUCAGAGGAAGAAAUUGGCAGUAAGGAGUGCAAGUCAGAUCAAUUUCUGAGUGAGCCAGAACUAUCACUGGGUGAUCACAGCUAUUUUAGCCCAAGUCUAUCCUACACUGAUAGUGAUUCUGAACCAUCCAGAGACAGUGUCUGUCAUGUUGUCAAAGAUUCUCCUAGUUCUUUAAGAAGGCCAUCUUCAGGCACCGAGUUACAGGGGUCUGCUACAUCUAACCAUAAGAGCCCUAAAAGAAAUAGCGUUAUAAGAACACUAGGUAUCCAAAAUUGUUCAAGCCAUAAAAGUCCCAUUUGGGAAGGAAGGAAGGAUCACAAUUGGAGACUCUGCAGAGGUCCUGAACAGAGGAUCUACCCCAAUAAUCAUAGUGAUGCCUCACACACAUUUAGGGAUCAGCCAUCCCUUGAUUGUAGCAGACAGAUUGAAAAGUUGCAUGAUUUUGAUUAUCGAAAUGGAGAAGAUUUCUCUUAUUAUCAACAGAGAGAUCCUUCUUGUGGUUACAGUGGUAAAAGGAGCAGUGACGACCAUGCUCAGGCUGUUUACAAAAAACACUGUCAUAGAAAAUAUCACCACAACUUUAAAGGUGAGAUGAUACCACAGAACAGAAGGGACUGGAAUGAGAAGGAAUUUUUCCAUGAACGUAGAUCUAGAUUAGACAAUCAAGAUAUGUGCAGUGAUUUUUAUAGUUCUGGAAGAAUACUUUCUCCUGAGAACAUGAUUCCUCCCACUUAUUGGAGGUCCAGGUGUUUGGUUUCCAAGUACAACAAUCACAAAGAGAGAGAAAUUCUACGGAAAAGGAAGAGUAAAAACAUUCAAUUUCAGAAGACCACUCGCAAUAUGCGUUUGCUUGGUCAUGAAAAUGUAGAUGACUUAAUGCAAGAAAAAUGUCGAAGAUCUGUUCCAUUGGCCAACCAGAAAAGGUUUUCUUUGAAUGAAAAAUGUGGAAGUCACAACUUGUUUAUUGGGAGAGAAGGGAAUCCUCCCAGUAGAAGGGUUAAAUAUGGUGGCGAUCCCCAUAUGGAUUUGGAUGGUUCGUGGUUCAUGGAAACUGAAGAAGAUUAUUGUGAUCCACUUCAUCAACAUUUUUUCUCCAAGUCUCGGAGGGAAACUUAUGAAUCCAGUGAUGGAAGGUGGCAGGGGAUGUUGCCGUCAAGAAGUGAUAUGUUCAACUACAGAUUACCUGAAAGAUAUGGGAGACCUAGGAGACAAGUAUGUAUCCGGGAAGGCCAGGAUUGUGGUUGGGAUGGUAGUUGUAAUAAUACUGUUGACACUGAACAUGGUAUCAUUUAUCCUGACGAUCAGGUUCAUCUGGGGAGGAGAAAAUAUAGCAGGAGAUCUAGAGUACUUCAGUGGAAACCGGAUGAAUCAGUUUUAAGGCAUCAUGUUGAUGAAUUUUAUGUUGAAAGAGAAUCAAGUUCCUAUGGAGUUACUUCAACACAUGAAAGAAUUCAGGCUAAACAUAGAUCUGACACUGCUGGGGUGGUGGUUAAUGAUAUAGAUUUUAACCGGCAUAGCUACAAAAUGAUCAGAGAAGGAAGUAAUGCCAGGUGCUUUAAUAGUAAUCCUGGUAGGAUGUAUAGAAGUGGGCAUAAGAAGAUGGUCAAGAGGUGCUGUGAUCCAGUUGACCUGACUGUUGGAAAAGUAAAGGUAAAGUUGGGGAAGCUGAGAUUGAAACCUUGUACAAUUGUGCCUCUCCCUGAAAGAUGUUCCAAUGGUCGAAGUUUAAAGCAGAAAGGUAUCUUUGAAAAGAUGGUUCUCAAGUUUGCUGCGGAGGCAACAUGUUCAAAGGAUUUCAAUGAAUCCCAGACAGGAAAUGCAAUCAAAACUGAUGUUCUUAGAACUGAAGGCAAUGACGGCGAGAAAUGGCUUGAUAAGUUUCCAGUUACCAAGCACAAUGAAAAAUUGGACAUUGAUGUCGGUCAGAUAAUGGCAGAGGAAUCAAACAUGGAAUGCAAGUUGACAAAAACAAGUGCUUUUAAAAGUGUGGUCCCAACUUGCAAUGUGAAGAAGAGAAAUUUUCAUAGUGAAAAUGCUUCCAGUAGAAACAAGAAUGAUGGGGCAUUUGACGAUCAAUGGAUACUGGACACGAUAGUGAAGAUGGAAAAACGCAGGGAGCGCUUUAAGGAUCCAAUUGCACUGAAAAAGGAACUGGAUAAGACUUCCGAACCCCAAGUUGAUGUGAUAGUCGAUACAGUUCCGACUAACCAAGAUAGGCCAGCCAGAAAAAGACGGUGGGGUGGAACUUAA